AUGCCGGCAAGCUACCGGUAUUGCGGCCAAAGUAUAAUGGCAAAAUUAAAAAAUAAGGUAAAAUUUAAAUUGUACGAAAGCGUUUGGAGCGCGAAAAAUUUAAAAAACCGACCCCGGGUGCCCGAAAGGGCACGAAAGAAGGGGAGUAAUGUUAUCGGAGCAUAUCGGUAUACGGGGGUUAACGGCAUAGUUUUAAUAUGCUUAACAACCAAAAUAGCGAGCAUAAAACACUAUACGCUCCGUAUAAUUAUUUUUAAAAAAGGGCAAACAAAUAGGGUUAUAUUUAUUAUUUUAUUGGGCAUUAAUAACUUUUUGCAACGGGAGCGCGUUGCAAAUACCCAUGUAAAGCAAAGAAAAAGCGGUAUUUGUUUUGGGGGCAGGUUUAUUGGAAGCGAAAGCUUUGCGGCGGCGCUCGUUGCGCGCUUUACGCUUUUUUUUAGCGGCGGUCUUUUUGCCGCGGCGGUUAAAGCCCGCCGGGGGGUUAUUAGCGAAACGUUUGUUGGAAGCUUAAAAGGUUGCAAGCGCAAAAAGGGUCGAUGGACCCGCAACAUUUAA